CAACAAGAUACCGCUGCUCACCCCCGACUCAGAACCCUCACCUUUUUGUUUAGUUGUUUAAACUCAAGAACGAACCACAGAAUGCAGCACAUCUAAAUCCACUCUUCACAUCCCUAACCCCGUCUCCACCGAACACAAAACCAUAACCUUCCAUUCACAAUGAACAACGACCAGUUCCGCCGCCUCGUCCUCGACACCCCGACCAACAAACCCAGCAGCAGCAGCAAUGCGCGCACCACCCACGCCACCAACCAAGGGGGUCGCACCCCUUCUGCAGCGCUCGGCUCGCGAGUACGCUCUAGCAUCCCUAUGACGCCACGCGCCGUCAACAACACCCGAACAUCCCUCCACAAUGAAUUCGCGCGGCAAUUGGCCGAGCAGCAACAGCAGCAGCAGCAGCCAGCGGCGAAACGGUUCAAGUCGAGUGCUGCCCCCAAGGGGACGAGGUUACCUUCUGGGUAUCAGGAUCGGGCGGCCUUGCUGCGCGAGGGAGGGGAGGGUUCUGAGAAAAAGCUGGGGGACGAGGAAGAAGAUGGAGCUGCGGCGACGACGAAAACCGGGGAAGAGCUGGAGACGCGCGUGAAGGCGUUAGAGGAGAUGGUCAAAUUAGGGCAGAUUGAUCAGGGGACCUUUGAGAAGCUGAUCCGUGAGAUGGGCGUUGGCGGGGACUUGGGUAGUACCCAUAUGGUGAAGGGGUUGGAUUGGGAGUUGUUGCGGAGAGUGAGGCGGGGGGAGGAUGUUACGAGAGCGGAGGGCAAGGGGGAUCACGGUGGGGAGGACGAGGACAAGGCUGGGGAUGUGGAUGAUGAGUUGGAUAAGGUGCUUGGGGAAGAGGAAGGUGGCGUUGGUGCCUUGCCUUCGGCACCCAGGGAGCAGAAGGUGAAGAAGAAGGGGGUUAUGGCGCCUCCGCCUCCUCCUCCGUCUCAAGUGCCGAGGUCGAGGGAUGAGAUUUUAAGGCAGUUGAAGGCUAGUCGUGCUGCUGCUGCUGCUGCUGCUGCGCAGGCAGAGGCUGAGGAGCAGCAGCAGCAGCCGGUUGAGCCGGCGCUUGGGGAGAGGUUCAAGAGGAUUGGAGGCGAGUCGAAGGUCGAGAAGAAGCGCUGGAUCGAGCAGGAUGAGACCGGCCGGCGGAAGGAGAUCCUGCAGAUCACGGAUGCGCAGGGCAAGGUCAAACGCAAGGUGCGAUGGCUGGAUAAGCCGGGCGAGGCGCCUGCUCCUGCUCCUGCUGCGAAGCCGCUGGGUAUGGAGGUUCCUGUUGAGUUCGCGGCCAAGGCUGCGGCGGCGCCGGCGGAAGAGGACGAUGAUGAUAUCUUCGCGGGAGUGGGAGCGGACUACAAUCCCCUCGCAGAGCUCGGAGACGAGGACGAUUCGUCGUCGUCGGAUGAGAGUGGAGACGAGGCUGCUCAGAAGAAGCCCAUCCAGAGGAGGGACACUGCGGCCACUGCUACUGCUGAGACGUCGGCAACUGUGGAGGACACGGCCGGCCGGCCACGCAACUACUUCUCUACGCCAACGACGGACGAGGUCCCUGAGAUUGACCGGUCCAAUCCCCUGGCCAAGGAUGCUACGCUACUAGCAGCUCUCAAACGUGCGGCGGCCCUGCGGCAGUCCGAAGAGGCUGCUGGGGAGGGCGAGGAGGAUGUCGAUGCGGAGACAGCUUUGCGUCGCCAGAAGUUCCUCGAGGAGGCUCGGCGGCGAGAGGCGCUGGAUGCAAUGGACCUGGAUAUGGGCUUCGGAGGCAGUCGCGUGGGCGAUGAAGAGGAUGACGAAGAGGUGGUGCUGGAGGGCGAGGGCCGGGGCGGGAAGAAGAGAAAACGAGGUCCCAAGAAGAAGAAGGGGGACAAGAACAGCGCGUCAGAUGUAUUGCGUGUUAUGGAGGGUCGAAAGCAGGGCCAGUGAAUGAUUUGUCUGUGAGUCAACGACUGAACGAUGCGAUGUGGCGUCGUCAGAUGAUGUCGUCGGUGGUGGUGAAGGUGAAUAUCAGUGAAUGUUGUGUUAUGAUACCAAUAAAUG